CUAAAAAGUUUGAACUUUCCGUCGAAUCAAAUGGGAAGCGGAAGAUAUUUAGACGACCCUUUAACAUUUACUAGAAACCCACCUCCUCGUCUUCUCCAAUCACCGAAUCUAGCUUUCUCGGCGAAUCGAUCUCUCGCUCUGGAAGCUUCGAGAGUGAGAGCUUACGAGGAGGCGAUGGUGAUAGCUUUAGCGACGCAUUUCGCUCUUGAGAAACUCGCUGGUACUGUACAGUUCUACGAGAGGCAUGUCUUCUUGUGCUACAAAAAGCCCUCCGUUUGGCCCGCGAGGAUCGAAGCGUCGGAGUUUGAUCGGUUACCGAGGCUUCUCUCUUCCGUUUAUCGGCGAGGAAGAGUAGGGAGACUUAGAGUAAAAAGGCACUUCUUUGAAGAGAUUCUUAGAUCUCAAUACAGAAGGUUGACUCAUUUUGAUGUGGACACAUUUGUUGAAGAGGUGCUUGUGAAGGAUGUUGAGUGGUUGCCUGGAAAUCCUGAAUCUUUAAGUGGUGAAGUUUCGGUCAGCCCUUGUUCUCACAUUGGAGGUCACAAAUACACUGGAGAUGUUAUCAUCUAUGGAUUAAACAUCAACCAGAGAGUCACAGGACACUGGUAUGGAUGUGUGACUCUAGAGAAUGUACCUCUUUUGUUGGAGCAACACAUUAACAAAGGCGAAAUUGUAGACCGGCUUUGGAGGGGUGAAAUGGGUCUACCAGAAGAAGAUCAGAAGAAAACUCAAGAACAAAGUCUCGAGCUGUCCCAGAGCUUAACGGUACUUGUUGCCAACAAAAUGGGAACCUCUUACUGCUGUGCUGCGAUGUCAAUGUGGUUGGAGAGUUGGGAGAAAGAGGAUACAUAUGCUGCUUUAGCCGUUGCUUGUGCUGCUGCAUCUGUGGCUAUUGCUUAUAACUGCUAUAAACAAUUGAAAUGAAGCAAUGUGUUUUUAUAUCUAGCUUCUAUCCAAUGGUAAUUAUCUCAGUAUUUAGACUAGAUUUUUCCUUUCGUCUGUAUAGAGUUAGAAGAGGGUUUUAACUUUUAUGUAAGAACGGUUUGUUGAUAAUAUAUCCAUUUUGUAAGAAAUUACGGUUUUUGAU